AAAAGAGAAAAAGAAAGAAAAGAAAGUCAGACAUCGUCAAAGUUUAAACAUGGAUUUUAAAUCUUUUCUCACUGCCAAAAAACCUAGACGGUCAAACAGAUUAGAGAUGAAAAAAAUAGAAAAUACAGUGAAGCAUAGACAUUUAGGUUAUUUUGACAUAUUGCCUUUGGAACUGAAGUUUCAUCUUUUAACAUAUCUUUCAGUCGAUGACUUAAGUAUAUUAACAAUUACAUCAAAAGCCAUGCGAAAUCUCAUCGAUGGAUUCAAGACUACCAGACCAUCUGGCAGACAUUUACUUCCAAAUCCAUUCCACCAUGAAAUUCUAACUCAAUCAGAGAAAGACGAAUAUUAUUACAGAUUUAAACAGUUAGGUUUACUUAUGAAACGGUCAACUUGCCUGUAUGCCACAAAAGAUAGAUUGAAGUUUGUGAAUGACUUCCUUAUGCGGAUUAUAUGUACGAAUUCCAAGAAGUGUGAGAACCCUUUGAAUUGUAUUGCUUUGAUAUGCUUUGGAAAGUUUCUUCACACCGUGGUUGCUGGAUGGGAUGAUUCUGAAUGUCAAAGAGCAUUUGAUUCUAUAUGUUUACAUACUGGUGCUUUGAGAAAUGUUAGCACAAUCCUGAAUUCUAAACCAGGUUUGCAUAGUAAAAUGGAAUGUGAUGCACGUUUGUUUUUCCGGCGAGUUUUCCUAGAUCACUGUGAAUUUGUUACGACCAGAUCCUUUUGGUUAUCUUGUAUCUUUAAAUCAUGGCCUAUGGUGCACCAAGCAAAGUUGUUAUAUUUACUAUAUGGACCAGCAUCACAAAAUGAAAUUCUAUGGUUUGAAAUGUGUGAUAAUACAUCAGAAAAUUGUGAAGAGUCAGUGCAAAAUCUUGGUAAUAUGGCCAAUGCUAUUCAUUGUCUGUAUCACUAUAAUGAGAAAUGGACCAAUGACAAUGCUGUCAGUGUAGUUGAUGAACUUACAAGUUUUCCUGAUCAGUGGUUAAGCGAGAACAUUGCCAACUUGAUGUUGCUUUGUGGAGAUGGUAUAGCAUCGAGAAUGUUAAUAAGUAAAGCUAUUAAUGGACGAAUUCCUGAACUUUCAGAACUGAUGUCUUCUUUUUGUACAGUUUGUGUUAAAAAUAAUUUCAAUAUCAACUAUGUUGUAUCAUCAUUGUGGAGAAUAUUAGAAGUUAUGAAUCAACCAAAAGAUAGAAUUAUGUUGCUAAAUACAAUGAUGGACAUGUAUCAAAGACUAAUAAUGGACCUACAUUUAUAUAAUGAUCCAGAAGUUGAUCCACAGAAUGAAAUAUACUAUGCCGUGAGUGCAAUUACUGAACUAACUAAAACAUUACUGACGAUAACCUUCAAAAAACUUCUUCCUGAAUGAGCCACCCAAUAUAUAAAUACAGAUAUAUAUACAACCAUAUAUAUAUAUAUAUACACACACACACAGACCCACAUACAUGAAUGAUACACACAACUUUCUUCAUACCAUUUCAGAGUUUCUGCUUUUAAAUUGCUCUAGCUGUUUAGACUGUGAUAUUUACUUAUUUAUUUUUAAUGUGGAUGUCUUUCAUUUAUUAGUGGCUUUGUUAAUUGCUUCUAAAUUUUCUGAGUGAAUUGAAAUUAAUAAUAAUAUUUUUGGAAAAGUUGCAGCAAUCUUAAGUAAGAGCUGCAAUACCAAUCUUUUACU